CUUGCCCCCCCUGAACCUUCUCCGCGACCCUCCUCUUUAUCUGCCCAAGCCGGCCGAUCUUCGACCAGUCCGGCAAAGGCCCAGAACACCACUAUGGGAAAAGAUUGUCUCCGGAUCCGGAGAGGGGGGGGGGGGAAGCAUAUCCACACGUGUCAGUGAGAUGGGUAUGUUCCAUGGGUUCCUGCCAGCCUGGGCUCCAGACCGGGGUGGCGCUUGCGUUUCAGCAACAGUGCCAACUCCACCUCUAUCUAGUAGCCGAUCCAUUGACAAUGCCGACGAACGCUCACAUACCACCAACAUGAACUACAACAAAGUCACAGGCUGGCAACCGAUCCAUACGCCUGUGCGACAGGUGUAUGGAUGUCGCACGGGCCGAUCGGUUACAGCACUCCAUUCAAACCCAAAUAUCCCCAUCAUCCGAGAUCUAGACCCUCACCUCUCCAACAGUUCAACUACACAUAUCGAACUUAGCCUCCUCCCGACCGAUCCAACCUGCAAGGAUGAAUCUCGACCUAUAGAUCCCAUCCAUCCCCAAAAAAGUGUUAUACUCCCUUCCCGCGAAUCCGCAGCCUCCCUGCGCACGUCAAUCAUCCACCGCGGACGGGACGACCGGCAGCAAGGGCGGGCCCAAUCUUCCUUUCACCCAGGUCUCUAAACAUAAACUCCAUGCAAGGAUGCAUAAUAUAUGAACCUCAGAAUCUACGAGUGAGAACCUUGCGGGGAGCAGCCAGAGGCAAAGUCUAGGAAGUGAAGUAUGCAGCCACAUCGUC